UCUGUAAACAAAGCGCUACGAGGUUGAACGCGGUAUCAAAGAAACUGAAGCAGGCACAUCAUGUCAGAUUGGUCACGUCCUCUGACCGUGUCCUCGGUUCACUGUGGGUUAUAAUGGGAGGACUGGUGUCCACUGGGCUGCAGACAGACACGCGCGCGCGCACAACACACAGGUGGACUGGUCAGACAGGUUUUUGACUCUGAACGUCUUUUGUUCAGUCUGAAGGCGAUGUAGAGAAGUUAUCAUGAAGACGGUCACGACUGCAGCGCUUCUGUAUUUGUGCUUGUGUGCAACAGUGGCAGUUUCGGACGACAGCGACACCGAAACGGCACUGACAGCAGCACCGGGCGACGUCGCUCUACUUCCGUGUUACACCGCCGGUAAUGUGACACCGUCUCUAACGACGUGGUUGAAAGAUGGAGAAGAAGUUAUCAGAGGCGGCGACCCUUCUUCUGCCGCGACCCCCGCGUCUCCCGCAGCCCAGCGGCUCACGGUGCUGCGGGACGGCAGCCUAAACAUCAUGAAGGUGAUCCGUGGAGAUGAAGGCACCUACCUGUGCAGCUCCACAUUACCUGGCAACAACACCUUCCACGCACGUGUCCUGCUUCAAGUCGCCAGUAGUCCAGAAAUUGCAUCUAUGUCCAUUGGCCCAGCCACUGCUCUGUCCAACGGGACACUCAUCGUCUACCAGGGCGCGACUGUCUUCUUCAACUGCUCCGGCUACUCCUACCCAUCUCAGCGUCUGAUCUGGGGCUUUUACGGAGCCUCGUUCACCAACAUGUCACUCAUUGGAACGCUUGGAUCCUGGCUGGACUACAGGAUAGAAGACAUCCAGCCCAGUGCUCAGGGAGAUUAUCGCUGCAGCGCCCACAACACCGUCUCUCAUCAGACCGUUGACAAUAGCUCACAGCUGCUGGUUUACUAUGCCCCGGACCGGCACCCAGAGUGUAUGUGGACACCAGCUCAGGACCCAUCCCAUAUCCAUUUCAACUGCACCUGGUUUGGAGCAUAUCCCACCCCAACUCUGCUCUUGGGGGAAGACCGAGGCGAACAAGGAGCUCGCAGGAAGGAACACAUUUAUGCAACACAAGUGACGGACAGUCUGUCAGUGACUCUGAACCGUUCCCUGCUGUCCGCUGGCCAGACUGUGUGGUGCAUGGGCCAGCACCUGACACUCGCUCCAGGGAAGGAGAAGUCGUGUUCCCUUACCCUCAAGCUUCCGUACCCUGAAGGUCAGCCGAUAGCCACGGCACUGGAGGGGACCAGCAUAACACUAACCUGCUCCGAGUCCGUGUCCAUGCCCCCUGCAAGAACCACAUGGAGAAGGGGGCUGCAGCAGGAAAACAUUGUUCCCGGGUCGAAGUAUGUCCUGUCUGAGGAAGGCCCUGUCCUCAAGCUGACCAUACUCAACAUCAGCAAGGACGACGAAGGCGUCUACUUCUGCCGGAGCGAGAACACCCUUAACGUCACCGAGCUGGAAGUCUACCUCACUGUGAAAACCUCCUCCACAUACACAGGAGUGAUCAUCGGCAUCUUUAUAGCCGCUCUGAUCGUGGGAUCAACCGCCAUCAUCGCCAAAACCAUUUUCUCCAACCGACAUCGAAUUUGCCUUGGUGGUGGCUUUGGGCAAGUGGAGGACAGAGGAGAUGUGCUGGAUCUGGUGGAAUCCGAUGAUGAGCAGAUCUUUCAAGAUGCCGUUCCCCGGCUUCCCCCAAUAACCAACGGAAAUCACACGACACUCGUCCAGAUACACCGGAUCCCAUCGAGUGACCAUGAAGAUGCAAGUGGUGACACAAGCCCACACAAGCAGGAAGAUACUGUACAAAAAGAAGAGCCAGUGGAACUUGUAACAUUUUAGGCUAUUAGGGUUUUUUUUAUAUUAUUUUAAUUUUGGGGUAAAAAACAUUUACUCCCAAUGACGGUGUGAACAGAACCAGAAGAUGUGUAAAAAAAAAAAAAAAUGUUUUUUGUUUUUUUAAUGGGGUUGUGACUAUUUUAAAUUUUAUGUCGGUUUUUUUUUCUUGUACAGCAAUUUGAAUAUGUUGCUUUGUUACUUAAUGCAGCAAGUGAAGUUGUUCAAUAAAAGAUGUGAUCGUUGCUGUUUAUUGGUUAGUGGUGACAUGGUGGACCGUCCGCUAACUUACACCUGAUUCAUACAUAGAUCUACAUCCGUCUCCACCCCUGUAACUAUGACAUAUGUCAGUUUGACACUCAUCAUCGUGUCUAAGAAUCCAACUUUUCUCACCUAAAUUAAAUGACUUUAAUCAAGGUAAUCCAUUGAUAGUGUUCCUUAUGUUUCAAUAGUUACAUAUAUAAUCAGUCCGAAUGUAUACAGCUAUACUUUGAAGUGAAGUCAAAGAUAGUGUUUCCAUUAAUUUUUUGUUGCAUUUAACAUACAAAGAUAAGUCGGUGAGUUGUUAAUUUAGAAAAAUGUUAAAAGGAGAAAAAAAUCCAGCCAAAUUAUUAGUUUGGAUGUAAUUCAUCUAUGUUUGUAAAGGCAGUGGGACUGAGACAUUCACUAUUAUGGUACCUUACAUAAAUGAAUAGUCUUUAUAUGUCUUUGUUAUCUUUUCCCUGACCAUGUUUUUCUUUUGUUUGACAAAGUUGUUGAAUAAUUCUGUGUAUACACCAUGUCUGGCCUUAUAUUUGAUUGUAUGUGUCAGAAGAGUUAAUGCAAUAAAUAAUUUAAAUUAUGAA